CGCCGGCUUUCUUAAUAAUCGCCCCCCUCGACCUGAUAUUUCUUAUACAAUGCUCUUGGGAAGUUAUUAUUGAGCCAGAAGACUCCUUUUCAAAUCGGCCAAUCAUAGAAUGACCUAGGACCUGUUGUACGAGCGACCAUGUUGUUGCGCCAGCACUCUUUACAGCCAGAAUCUUCAUCAAGCUCCCGCUCAAGCUCUAACCCGCGGUCAACACCAGAGCCUCGUGGCGGCUAUCGUCCUCGAUAAUCCCUGGCACCUUGUCGUCAUAAUUUCUGGGAGUAUUUUUCGAAGCAUUUCGUUUCGGAGCAUACAAUAUGCCUGGCCUGCCUUCUUCGGUCGAUCUGGACGAAUGUAUAGAAAGCCUAUACAAGAAGAAUCUCUUGGCCGAAUCUGUCAUCGAGGCAAUAUGUGCGAAGACUAAGGAGCUGCUGAUGCAAGAGAGCAAUGUCGUCCACGUCCAAGCUCCCGUUACAGUGGUGGGGGAUAUACAUGGUCAAUUCUAUGACCUGAUAGAGAUAUUUAAGAUUGGAGGAUGGUGUCCAGAUACCAACUACCUAUUUCUCGGCGAUUAUGUUGAUAGAGGCAUGUUCAGCGUGGAGACGAUUUCCCUUCUUGUUUGUCUUAAACUACGAUACCCUCACCGCGUGCAUUUGAUUCGAGGCAAUCAUGAAUCGAGAGGAGUAACACAGUCAUAUGGAUUCUAUACCGAAUGCUCGAGGAAAUAUGGAAAUGCCAACGUAUGGCACUACUUUACGGAUAUGUUCGACUUCCUCACUCUGAGUGUUGUGAUUAAUGAUCAGAUCUUUUGUGUACAUGGAGGCCUCUCCCCUUCAAUCCAUUCAAUAGAUCAGAUCAAAAUCAUCGACCGCUUCCGCGAAAUUCCCCACGAAGGUCCCAUGGCCGACCUUGUCUGGUCAGAUCCCGAUCCCGAGCGUGAUGAAUUCUCCCUCUCCCCACGCGGAGCAGGCUAUACUUUCGGCGCACAGGUUGUAAAGAAGUUCCUCGAAGUAAAUAAUAUGUCGCAUAUCCUCCGCGCGCAUCAGCUCUGCCAAGAAGGCUACCAAGUCCUAUACGAUGAUCGUCUGAGUACGGUCUGGAGUGCGCCUAACUACUGCUACCGAUGUGGUAAUAUGGCAAGUGUGCUGGAAGUCAGCGAUACGGGCGAGAGAUUCUUCAAUGUGUUUGCCGCCGCUCCGGAGAAUGAUUUGCAUAAGGAUCAGCAGGGUCAGGAUAAGAUUGCUGAUGGUAGUCAGUUGCCGGAUUACUUCCUAUGAUAGGAUAACACGAACGGAGAGGAUGAUGUACAGUAUGUGAUGACUAAGGAAUGAGUUUUAUGAAUGAAGGCUUGGCAUGAGCAGCUUCAGCUGAAUGAAGAGACACUUGUAUCACGAGAAAGACUCUUGUUGAGAGAGAGAUAUAAAAUGAAGAAGCUUCUCCAAGCCCAAUAUACUUUUCGCAGCAAAAAAUUUCACUCGGCUAUGGGCAGAUAUAAACAGAACAUCGAUUCAACUAAUUCCAUC